AUGGAGACAGGCAAGAAUGAGAAUGAUGGUAAUGUUAUUGACCAACCCCCUGAAAGUUUGUUAAUCGAUUUUGGUACAAACGAACUCGAAACUGAGAACGUGUCUCCAGUGAAUCCUUCAACAUUCAAUCAGUUGCAUCCACAUCCUCAACAACAACAACAACAACAACUGAACCAACUUCACCAUGCACUGACCAUCACAACUGACAUCUGUACCCACCAAUCAGUAAUAGCGACUGACCACCACCCAACGACAGCUAACAAUCGUGACGCCGGAGAGUACACACCCUUAUUAGGCAGAACAGAUGACCUCCACAACUUUCACAACUAUUUCCCCGACGAUCCGGAAUACACUGCCAUCUUGAACGACAUAGAAAUCGCAAUAGACAAAGGAUAUUAUCCUCAAAGAAUUAUUCAAGGGUCUAGUGGGAGUUAUUUCGUCAAGAAUUCACAAGGGAAAAUCGUCGGGGUCUUCAAACCAAAAGACGAAGAGCCAUACGGCCACCUAAAUCCAAAAUGGACGAAAUGGAUGCAGAAGAUGUGCUGCCCAUGUUGUUUCGGGCGGGGCUGCCUAAUCCUAAAUCAGGGAUAUCUCUCGGAAGUGGGCGCCAGUCUCGUUGACAGGAAGUUGGGGCUGGAUAUCGUGCCUAAAACUAGAGUCGUCAGGUUAGCCAGUAAGACCUUCAACUACAGCGCAAUAGAUAGGGCCAAAUCAAAAACGAAAACGAACCUAAAUGAAAAAUUCCCACAUCUAGGAAAAAAAUUUCAUCGCCUGGGUCUGCCUUUGAAGACUGGUUCUCUGCAGUUAUUUGUUGACGGUUUCAAGGAUGCCGAUUUCUGGCUUAGAAAGUUCGAUCAGGAACCUUUGACAGAAAGUGUGAAAAUGAAGUUUCAACAUCAAUUUGAGCGACUCGUCAUUCUUGAUUACAUAAUUAGGAAUACUGACAGAGGAAAUGAUAAUUGGCUGGUAAGGUACGACUCUCCAGAUAUAUCAGCCAAUCAAAAUCAUGCAGACGGUGACGACUGGAACGUUGUCACGGAUCCAGAGAUCAAAGUGGCCGCCAUAGACAACGGAUUAGCCUUCCCAUUCAAACAUCCGGACGAAUGGAGAGCUUAUCCAUACAACUGGGCUUGGCUACCGAUAGCUCGGGUUCCAUUUUCCGAAGAGACUAAGACUCAAUUCCUACCUCUGCUUUCCGAUAUGAAUUUUGUGCAAAGUCUUUGUGAAGAUAUCUACGAGCUGUUCAGCGAGGACAAAGGAUUUGACAAGAAAACAUUCUUCAAGCAGAUGAGCGUGUUGAGGGGGCAGAUUCUAAACCUCACUCAGGCCCUCAAAGACGGCAAAUCACCACUUCAACUGGUUCAAAUGCCAGUGGUAGUAAUAGAAAGAAGGCGAUUGGUCUACAGCCGAGGUAUAUUUUCAAGAGUUGGCAGAGCUAAAAAUAGAACCGCCAAUAGAAAUAGCAGGAGAAGGAAAAUGCUAGCCAAUCAGAACGCAGCAGCAACGAGCGCUUCAGAUGCCGCAGCUGCUAGGCCAGAAGCUAUCGAAGCUGUUGAAGCAGUCGGUUACCACAACAACGAUGCUAUUAGUGGCACACACCAUGAUAAUGAUGACGUAGAUUUUGAAGGUCAUGAUGACGAUGACGACGACGACGGCGUUGAUGAUGACGACGCUUACCUGCAGAAGGUCAAUGUGAGGUCUCCAUUUUUUUCGUGGUGUUGAUGUUUGACCCUUUUUAACCUUUGACCUUUGGUCGGGACGAUGUGGAGUUGGUGUGAUGAGAAACGAAUGUCGAUUGGGGCGGCGAAUUGUUGAUGAUAAUUUAGAAUGUUGAUGAUGCUGAUGACGAUGAUGACCUCUAGACGGUUAUCAUGUAAAACGUGAAAUGAACUCUUGUCAAGUGAUCCUGUUUGAACGCGAGAAAGACAUUGCUUGCCUCCAUAUUUUUGCCGUACAUGCUUUUAUAAUUACAAUGUCUGUAUGUUUGUACGUGUAUAUGUAUGUGUAUAUGUACGUACGUAUGUGUAUUAGUAACGUAUGUAUGUGUAUAUGUGUGUAUGUAUAUACUCUUCAUUGAUUUCAAUGCCACUUAUCUAUUUAUUCAUUCAUUUAUCGUUCUUUGAUGGCCAUUCGUCUGUAAUUCGUUCGUCUAACCAUCAUAACUACUACUGUCACAACUAUUCACUAUAUAAAUAUACAUACAUACACACACACACAUAUAUAUAU